UCAGAUUCUUAGCAUAACCAACACUCAAUACAUAGUGUGACAAUAUUAUAAUACAUAUAUAGUUUUGAUACGAUCGAGUAGCUAGGAAUCGUUCUUUUCUUCACCUCGCAACCUUCUAAUGUCCUCCGGUUCAAGCCACUGUUUCAUCAAGAUCUCAAUCUUGAUUCAAGCAUUCUAUAAAGUGGCAUUUAUGGGUGUAUUUAGAAAUACAUCCACUAGCUACAUCUCGCACAUUUAACUCGUAGUUUCACAUACGCACCAACUUGGUACGUUGUUUCUAGACAUCGAGACGAUGGCGCUGAAUUGGGGACCAGUGUUAAUGUCGGUGAUUCUGUUCAUCGUAUUGACCCCAGGAGUAUUGUUUCAGCUUCCGGGGAAGACCAAAGUGGUUGAAUUUGGCGGGUUUCAGACAAGCGGCGCAGCCAUUGUCAUACACACUCUCAUCUUCUUUGCAUGUAUCACUGUCUCCCUUAUCGCUCUUCAUAUCCACAUAUACGCUGCCUAAAGUAAUUUAACAUUGCACCGUCCCUCAUCGGUUGCUGCAUCCUUAAUUACUUCCAAUACUCAUUUUGUAAUUGUUUUUUUCUGGUAUUCAAUUUUCUUUUUUGUUAUUGUUUUUGAUCAACUGUGAUUCCUGAUCCCCAUUUUAAGUACUUGUACUAGAAUAAUUAUAAGAUUUGCGUUUCCUUAUU